GGGAGCGGGAAAGGGCCAUGAUGUGAACCAAUGGGCGUCGAGGAAGGAGGGGGCUUAGUUCAGCAGCUUGUGAAAGAUGUCGGAGAGAAAAGUAUUGAAUAAAUACUACCCACCGGACUUUGAUCCGUCAAAGAUCCCAAAACUCAAACUUCCCAAAGAUCGACAGUAUGUGGUCCGAUUAAUGGCUCCUUUCAACAUGAGAUGUAAGACAUGUGGAGAGUACAUAUACAAAGGGAAGAAGUUCAACGCACGAAAGGAAACUGUACAGAAUGAAGUCUAUCUGGGUCUGCCCAUUUUCCGCUUCUACAUCAAGUGUACCAGGUGUCUGGCAGAAAUCACAUUUAAAACUGACCCUGAGAACACAGACUACGUGAUGGAGCAUGGAGCGACACGAAACUUCCAAGCAGAGAAGCUGCUGGAGGAGCAGGAGAAGCAAAUGCAGAAAGAACGGGAGGAUGAAGAGCUGAACAACCCGAUGAAGGUUUUAGAGAACAGGACUAAAGAUUCCAAAAUGGAAAUGGAGGUCUUGGAAAACCUGCAGGAGCUGAAGGAGUUGAACCAGCGACAGGCCAAUGUUGACUUUGAGAGCAUGUUACUGGAGUAUCAGAAAUAUGAGAAAGACCUGAAACGACAGCAGGAGGAGGAAGAUGAGCGAGAAAUGAAGUCCAUGCUGGAAAGUGCCCAGGUGAAGAGAAUUCUAGAUGAUUCGGACUCUGAUGAGGAACUCCCUAAACCUUGUAAACUGAAUUCGCAGGUCCCUCAGAGGCCCACGGAUAUUCUCAAUGAGAAUACUGAUCAUCAGAGUAAAAAACUGAAGGCCGAGAGUUGGGAGAGGAGUGUGGGAAAGUUCAGUGGAAAUCUUCAUCUUUCUGGCUUGGUGGUGAAGAAGCCACAGACCAAACAAGCGGAUUCAGCCAGCCUGAGGGGAGGAGAUACUUCCCAGAAAGACUCCCCAACAAGCAAUGGUAGCAACGAUCAGAAUUCUGUGGUGUCACCUCCUUCAGCAAUGUUAACAGAGUCAUGCCCACAAGUACAGCAAGUAUCAACAGUCCGUAAUUCCUCUUUAAGCCUUCUGGGGGCGUACUCUGACAGUGAAGGAAGCAACAGUGAUUAAGCAUUGUGCUUUUAUUCAGACUGCAUUCGACCUCUUUCAAGAGAGGAAUAAUUCAAACUAAUGCUAUGAUGGUUUUUCUGUAUUUCUGUAAAUAGUUGUCGGUGUGGGAUUUAUUUCUUAAUUUAACAUUCAGAAUAUGUCCAUAGUUUCUCCCACUAUCCUUUCCAAUGUUGUGAGUCUCGAUAUUCCUUAUUUAACAGAAAGCUAUAUUUUUCUGUUGUUUAAUCAUAUAGCAGGCUUCCACAAACACACAAUACGAAUACCGAUGGGGUGGCUGUUUACUGUACAUUAUAAAAAUUCCAGCAGUAAUGGAGGCCGUUCAUCACAGUUAUUAUACUUGCUCAUGCGCCAGUCUCCUAUUCGUUCAUCCAGCAAGGAUCUGGCUGGCAUUGUAAACAAUGCCUGGAAUCCUUGAUUCUGUGACUUAAUGCCACAGGUUGCUGAAUGUGAACAGUGCCUGCUUGAAGAAAUUCCUGACUUUAGUUUUAUUUUAAAUCUGGUGUGCAUCUCCAUUCUUCCCCUACAUUGUUAAUGGAUAUUCUACAAUGAAAAAAUUCAAGUGACAGACAUGCCACAUUUCAAAGUGGAUUUUCACCCCUACUGUGCAGUUUCUUCUGCUGUGUACAUUUUGUUGAGAGAUUACAUUAAUUUUUAAUUUUGUAUAUUAAG